AGCUAAUUAGCUCAGCAUAUAACAAAGAUAAGUGAGCCAGGGAGAAGGACCCCGGGAAGGGUCUUUUGAUUCUGGGUAAUGUCUGAUUGGCAGAUGUUAAAAGAGAAGCGUUAGUAAUCCAGAGCAUCAAUGAACUGCACAAAGUCAAUACAGGACUGGAAUAAUUCAGGCAUGAGGACACUUUGUGGGUACACUCUGGAAAAGCAGAAUCAGGAUGGACAGAACCUUGGAGUCUCUGCAAUAUUUAAUUGCCCAAGUACUGCCUCAUAGAGACCCUGCCCUUGUAUUUAAAGACUUGAAUGUCGUAGCAAUGCUGCAGGAAUUCUGGGAGAACAAACAGAAACAGAGAGCUGUAUUUCCAAGUGAAGGCACAGUGGUGUACGAGUCAUUGAACUCUCCUGGUCCUCCAUUUGUCAGUUUUGUUACCCUACCUGGAGGAAGCUGUUUUGGCAACUUUCAGUGCUGCUUAAGCAGAGCAGAGGCAAGACGAGAUGCUGCAAAAGUAGCUCUGAUCAACUCUCUGUUCAAUGAAUUGCCCUGUCGCAAGAUCACAAAGGAAUUCAUUAUGGAAAGUGUUCAAGAAGCUGUUUCCUCAACCAGUGGUACUUCAAGUGAUGCUGAUGACCCAAGCACAAGCAUCGGGGCUUAUCAUUAUAUGUUGGAGUCAAACAUGGGGAAAACUAUGUUAGAAUUUCAGGAGCUGAUGAUAGUCUUUCAGCUGCUGCACUGGAAUGGAAGCCUUAAAGCCCUACGUGAAACAAAGUGCUCCCGUCAGGAAGUAAUUUCCUAUUAUUCCCAGUAUUCCUUAGAUGAAAGGAUGAGAAGUCAUAUGGCCCUGGACUGGAUUAUGAAGGAGCAAGAAUCUCCAGGAAUUAUUUCCCAAGAGUUACAAGUGGCACUGCGAGAGCUGGAGGAAGCCAGGAAAGCUGGACAAGAAUUGCGGUUUUACAAAGAAAAGAAGGAAAUACUGAGUUUAGCACUAAGCCAGAUCUACAGUGACCAAGUUACCUCAUCUUCAACUGAUGAGCAAAUGGGCCUGACCCUAAGUGGCUAUCACUAGCACAACCCUGCUG